UGACGUCACCUCGCCAAGGUGACGCGUCUAGAGUCACCCAGCGGCCGGCUCCCUCCGGAGUAAUUGCGUUAAGAGGCGAUGAAGGCUCUGCAGUCGAGGAGGGAGGGACAGUCAGGCAGGCGGGCAGUUGGUUUCUAAGCCAUUCUGUCUCUCCUAGAGCAACGUCCUACUGCAGGGAAUGUGAGCUGAAGAGAAGGGGGCACUUUCUCCCUCUUGUAGUUUAAUGAUGCACAGAUGAAUACCCCGCAGUUGUAGGCAGCCAAUUGGGCCGUUUGGGUGCCGUGCAUCCUGGGAGCUGUAGUUUCUGGCUCCCUCCUCCCGACUACGAGCUCCACCCAGCAGCCGAAGGAAGGUUGCUUGGUAUUAUUAGCCAGCGGGAAGCAUGGCGGUGGCCCGCGUCGACGCGGCUUUGCCUACUGGAGAAGGAUCAGUGGUCAAUUGGUCAGGGCAGGGGCUACAGAAAUUAAGUCCAAACUUACCCUGUGAAGUUGAUAUUCAUACUUUGAUUCUGGAUAAGAAUCAGAUUAUUAAGUUGGAAAAUCUUGAGAAAUGCAAACGAUUAAUACAGUUGUCAGUGGCUAAUAAUCGACUGGUGCGGAUGAUGGGUGUGGCCAAACUGACCCAACUCCGGGUGUUAAAUUUGCCUCAUAAUAGCAUUGGCUAUGUGGAAGGCCUAAAGGAGCUAGUACAUUUGGAAUGGCUGAAUUUGGCUGGAAAUAAUCUCAAGGCCAUGGAACAAAUCAAUAGCUGCAUAGCUCUACAACACCUUGAUUUAUCAGACAAUAACAUACCCCAGAUAGGUGAUCUAUCUAAAUUGGUAUCACUGAAGACUCUGCUUUUACAUGGAAAUAUCAUCACCUCUCUUAGAAUGGCACCUGCUUAUCUACCCAGAUGUCUUGCUAUACUUUCUUUGGCAGAAAAUGAAAUCCGGGACUUAAAUGAGAUCUCUUUUCUGGCAUCCUUAACUGAAUUGGAACAGUUGUCGAUCAUGAACAAUCCAUGUGUGAUGGCAACACCUUCCAUUCCAGGGUUCGACUAUCGGCCAUACAUUGUCAGCUGGUGUUUAAACCUCAGAGUCCUAGAUGGAUAUGUGAUUUCGCAGAAGGAAAGCUUAAAAGCUGAAUGGCUGUAUAGUCAAGGCAAGGGGAGAGCAUAUCGACCUGGUCAGCACAUCCAGCUUGUCCAGUAUCUGGCUACAGUCUGUCCUCUCACUUCUACACUGGGUCUUCAAACUGCGGAGGAUGCCAAACUAGAGAAGAUUCUGAGCAAGCAGAGGUUUCACCAGAGGCAGUUGAUGAACCAGAGCCAAAAUGAAGAGUUGUCUCCUCUUGCUUCUGUUGAAACAAGGGCAUCCCUUGUACCAGAGCAUUCCAGCCCUGUUCAAGAUUGCCAGGUAGUCCAGGAAAGUGAACCCGUCAUCCAAGUGAAUUCAUGGGUUGGAAUAAGCAGUAAUGAUGACCAAUUGUAUGCUGUUAAGAAUAACUUUCCAGCCUCCAUACACACUACAAGAUAUUCUCGAAAUGACCUGCACCUAGAAGACAUCCAGACAGAUGAAGACAAGUUAAACUGUAGUCUUCUCUCUUCAGAGUCUACUUUUAUGCCAGUUGCGUUAGGACUCUCUCCAGUAUCACCUACAGUUGAGCUGAGGCUGCAAGGCAUUAACUUGGGCCUAGUAGAUGAUGGUGCUGCAGAUGAACCUGUGAAAGGGCUGGAAAACAAGGGCCUUGGUAAGGAAAGGGAAAAGGCUUUUUGGGCUGCAAAUGAGAAUUCUGUUGAGAUGACAAAAAGUGCUAUCAGUACAGAGGUAAAUGAGAAAGAUGGGUUAUUACCUUGUCCUGAGCCAACAGUAACCAAUGCUGUCUUGAAGGAUGAUACCCACAGUCUUACAUCUUUUCCUGUGUCAGUUGGACAUGAUGUCUUCCAUACGCAGCCAGACAGUGAGGAAACCAUGUCUCAAACAGCUUCAGAGAAACUGCCUUGCAGGGUUUUAACACACAGUUCUGUCACUUUGGAACAAGAUAAAGUUGCCCUUCAGAAAUUGAAUGAAGCAGCCACCAAACUUCAGGCCUGUUGGCGGGGCUUUUAUGCCAGAAACUACAACACACAAGCUAAAGAUGUACGCUAUGAAAUCCGGCUGCGCAGGAUGCAGGAGCACAUUGUCUGCCUAACUGAUGAAAUACGGAGAUUAAGAAAAGAAAGAGAUGAAGAACGUAUUAAAAAAUUUGUACAAGAAGAGGCUGUCAGAUUCCUUUGGAACCAGGUAAGGUCUCUACAAGCUUGGCAACAGAUGGUGGACCAGCAUCUGAGUUCCUGCCAUCUUGCUGUUCCUCCUAUCACAAGUACUCUGGUGCCAUCUAAACCUCCAUCAUUCAGCCAAAGUCAGGAGCCCUCUUCUGAUCAAAAUUCUGAUUGGUUCAUUGCUCCUGAUGAAGCUCCUCAAGAGAAAUCCUUACCAGAAUUUCCAGACUCUGGUUUUCAUUCCUCCUUAACAGAACAGGUUCACUGUUUACAGGAUUCUUUGGAUUUUGAAAAAAGUUCUACAGAAGGUAGUGAAAGUUCCAUAAUGGGGAACUCCAUUGACACAGUCAAAUAUGGCAAAGAGUCAGAUGUAGGGGGGGUUAGUGAAGAGCACGGUGAAUGGAGUAAGGAAAGCUCAAACAGUGAGCAGGAUAAUAGUCUGCUUGAACAGUAUCUAACUUCGGUUCAACAGCUAGAUGAUGCUGAUGAGGGGACACAUUCUGAUGAAGGGACGGGAGAUAGUAAGCUUCACACAGCUCGUUCCCUUGACAAGUUAGAUGUCUUGUCUGACAGUGCUUCUGUAGAUGAUGCUCAUGGCACAUCUCAUACUUUGCAAGAUGAAGGCAACCAGACACCAGAGAAUUGUGAAUUAAAUGCAGAAGUUCAAGGGCAGCAGUCAGAAUGUGACUCUGCCUUUCAAGUAUUGCAUGUUGGUAUUAUUGUGUAGCAUGUCUGGUUGCUUGGGGAGCAGAAGUCUACUUAAUUUAAGAAUGUUUUCAGUCGGGUUAUUUUUGGGAAGAAUAUUUCUCCCAAUUUUGUUACUAUUUAUAUAGAAUUUAUAUUCUUGUCUCAUAUUUUCCACAUCCUAGGUACUAAGCUGAAUCUUCAUUUUGAUUUAGUUGGCUUUUUACUUAGCUAUAAUGUAUCUAACAAUAUUUAUAUUGAAAGCCACUUGCACUUUAACAACUAAAUUGCAUCAACAGUAUUUCUGUGUUUUUAUGUAUUCAUUUCCUUUCAAAAAUAAACUAGAAUACCUUAAAGAAGAUAGAAAAUUUUUACCUUAAAGAUAUAAAUAAGAGAAUUUUAAUUCUUCUGUAUGUGAGGAAAUUACUUAUGUAGUGAGGAAUGCGAUUGGUUACAGUAAAUAUAGAUUAUAAAUAAAAGGAUUGUGAACUACUGAAAUUUGCCAGCCUCCUUGGAGUAAGAACAUGUGUUUUUAAGCCUUUUUUCCUCCCUUAUGAGUUAAUGAAAACCUCCUUGUAAGUGAGUUGGGAGAAAAGGUAAGAUUAUAGGAUUUUUCAGUGGAGAUGAUUAAAUUUUCUCAUGGAAAACUUUAGUUAAUGUCAUGUAUCACUUUUAACAUAUGAAGCAAAGUGUUCCAUCCAGAAUUAAAGUCAAGCUUAUUUAAAGAGACAACACAAGACUAUUUCUCUUAGGUAUCGGCUCCAUUCACUUGGAAUAAUGUCACAGCAAACAUUUAUUAUCUUUUCGUUCAGUGAUUUUUUUUACCUCAUAGAUAAGCAUUUAUGUGCCAGUAUAUUGCCAGAAAUUAAUGUUCGUUUUCUUUGUUCCUGCUUUAUAUUUGCUUAUGUAUUUCAGCAGAGGCCCAUGGUCAUUUACUUCAGUCUUGACCUCUGCCUCAUAGAAAAGAACAUUUAAAAUAAUACCAGUGGUAGAAUAUGAAUGACAUUUUUUUAAAGGACUAUUUUCUAUCUAAAUCUCUGAAAAAGUGCCACAUUUGCAAGACAAUUUAAUGGCAGUAAAGAAAAAAUAAACCUCAUUUAUUUCUUUACUCAUUAAAGAGAAUAUAUAUCUGUAACUCCAGGAGGAAAUGAUAAUACUGUGUUUGAAUGUUAUAGAUAGAUGCAUUUGCAAAUCAAGGAUAAUUUUUGGAAACUUAAUAUUUUAAUCUUUGAGAAUGUUCAGAUGUCACUGAAUAACACAUAUCUGACUUCCCCCCAAUCUGUGGACACAAUGAUUUAAAACUAUGGCAAUACUUAAGUAUUCUCUAAAUUUAGGUGCUAAAUAUGUAUUCAUCAUUCAGUUACAGUUACUAGGUCCCCUUCUUUGAAGUUAUAUAAAAUAAAAACUGGUCCUUCUAAGAAUAAAGUCAGGGAUCAUAUGUUAUACUUUGUUGAUAGUUAGAAACAUUUCUCCAGUAUUGGUAAGAUGUGUUUUUUCUCAGUUUAUAAAUAGGUUUAUAAAUAUGUAGCACUCAGGUUGAGAAGACUUGGAUUUCCUUCUCAGAAAUCCAGAAUCUCUUGCAAAGGAAAGAUUUUCUGUCUCAUAAACAAAACAGCAGUCUUACAUUCAAAGGAUUUUCCCUAAUGAAGCAUGUUAAAUAAAAAUAGAAUUUUUAACUUUUUAAAUAACGCUAAUUAUCUUUUAUGAAUGAUUUUGAAUUUCUUCUUAAAUCUACCCUAUUUUUCUAUUUACAGUUAAGUGCCUCAUUUGCUGCCCAUAGUUAGACAAAGGAAAACAACUUGCACUGCGCUAGUACCAAAAUGCUGCUUCAUGGUGCAUUAAUCUCUCAUAAAAACUCCUGGAAUGUCAUGGUUCAGUAUUACCUUAGUAGGUUUCUGCUGACAUCUUCUCUCUCUUCUCUUUUUUUGAGAAAUGGCAGAACACAACUGAAUUCAUUUGAACAUCAGCAUUUGCCAGCAAGAUUUCCUUUUUUACCUUUGCCUUGUUUUUCUAGCCCAUAAAUGGUAUUCAGCAUACUUUUAUUUUGAAAUUGGCAGAAUAUGAUAAUGACACACUCAGCUCUUCAUUCUAUUUAACUUUACUAGUGUUUUGAAGUGCAAGAAUAUUAAAGAGCCCCCAGUCUUAAAUGUACAGAUUAUCUUGAAUGUAAAUAGGAUGAAAAUAAUGUAAAUUAGAAUGCAGGAAAACUGUGGCAUAGACUUAAUAUAUUUUAAUAGAUUUACAAUGUAAUUUAAGAUUAGUUCUUUAAGAUAUUUGUUUUUAACUUUAUGAGUUAUUCAUCAGUCUGGCUAAAGAGGGAAUGGGUCUAGUAAGGUUUGAGAAGUUGAGCUUUAACACAGUCUUUAUGUUUUUCUAAUAGGAGAGGUUAAGUUCAGCUCUGCUAUUUUAGUUCAGUUCUCUUGAUUUAUGGACAAUUCAAUAUAUCAGUUAAAUAUUCCUUCAGAAAUGCACAGAAUCAUGCAAUGUGAGAAUUGUAAGGAACCUUAGAGAUUGUCUAUUCUAAUCUCUUUGUUUUAAAGAUGAAACUAAAGCACAGAGAACUUAAUGACUUUUCUGAGCUUAUAGCUAGUUUAUAGGGAAAAAAAACUGUGGGAACUUAAAAGUUAUUGUAUUCCAAAAUUUUAUUAUAUACUUUCUAUUAUUCUUUACAUUUAGUAAGUCAGUAAGAAAGUCUCUACAUAUUUUUCAUUCUCUUUGAAAGAGAAAAAAUACUUCUGAGAGAACUAAAACUCUACCACUCAAGGCAAAGUUGCUUGUAGAAAACAACUGAUUCGUUCAGAACCCUGAGUGAAUUUUCCCCAAGAAAUGUGAUUCAAUUAAAAUGUAAUGCAGUAGAAAUUAACAUUUUGAAAGAAUAACUGCAUCUUGGAGUCUGUUUCUUUGAUGACAAGAAGUAUAACAGAUUGCUGAGAUAUAUAAAAUUUUCUAGUGAAAAGCUAGUUUGAUUAUAUUUCAUCUUCAGUUUUAUAGAACAACAGAUGUUAAAGUUUUAACUCUCCUGGUGUGCAGAAAGCUUCUAUCAUGACAAUUGAUACAUAAACAAUAUAGUUUGAUUUUAUGAAUUCAAUUAUAAAAGGCCUUAUAAUAUGCAUGUUUUUAGGAAAAUAUUUAGCCACACUGUUGUUAGUAUAUAUGCAGAACACUUUAUUCUUGAAUAAUGUGGGUGCCAUUCUUGAGUGUGGAUUUUUCUUUUGUUUCGGAUUAUUUUAAAUAUACAAACACCAUAAUAAGUGUAUUUUCAUGUUAUCUACUUAAGACAGAUCUAGUUCCAAUUUUAACAAGUAUUUUCAGAAACAACACGGACUUAAGUUGUCAUACUAUCUCCCUUGGUAGUUUUUUGGGCACUGAUUCUUAGAGUUGGAUUUAUAACAAUAAUAUAAAAUAUAAAAUUUUUUUUUCUGGUCAGUUAAGACAUAAUAAAAAGGGAAAAUAUAAAAUAAGGCUUAUCAGUUUCCCACUUGUAAAUGAAAAGUAAAAGACUCUUAAUUAUUUAAUGUGUAUUUUUAUUUUGCCCCGUAUCUUAUUGAGGAAUAUUUAUUAUAAUACUUUAACUUUUAAAUAUAUGACCCCCUUAUUUAUGAAAUAAAGCAGAAAAGGGCUGUAAGGAGCAUUAUAAACAUUUUUAGUGAUAUUGUUUUCAUUGAUCAAACCUAUUGUGCCAUAUUAAAUUUAAAAGUCAAGUAAACAUAGUAGUCCUCACCGCCUUGGAGAGAAACAGAUAAUUAACUGUCUUUUAAAAAUGAGGUGCUUUUUAUUUGUGAAUGAGUGGAAAUCAUUCUAUAAUUUAAUUCCUUAAUUGAUUUUAGUGGAUAGUAGGAAUCACUCUGUAGUAGCUUUGUUCAUUUUCUUAUUACAUUUCUUUAAAUAUUUUGUAAUAAUUUUAAUGUUGACAGUAUGAGUUUAAAAAUAGUUUGAUUUUUCACUAUUUUUAGAUUUCUCUUUAAUUUUAUUGUAGAAAUAGAUGAUUUAAAAUAGUGGAUUUUUUUUUGAAGACUUAAUUUAUAUUACACUUAUUUAAUUUGUA